AUCAGCUACAGGCAACUCCUUCCAGCACUGCAAGCUGUGAGCUUCAAGUUGCUAGUUGUGAGCACCCGCACUGAGGCAGUGAGCAGCAGCACCCAGAGCUACCAUGGCCUACUGCCGGCAGGAAGGGAAGGAUCAAGUCAUAUUUGUGACCAGAGGAGACCAUGAAAGUCCCAGCACUGCAGAGCUGGUGGUUGACGACCCCAGCGAUCCCUAUGCGGAGUACGGGUUGAUACUGCCAAACGGAAAAAUUAAUUGGAAUUGCCCGAGCCUUGGGGGAAUGGCCGACGGCCCCUGUGGAGAGCACUUCAAGUCUGCCUUCUGCUUCCACUACAGCACAGAGGAACUCAAGGGAUCCAACUGUAUAGAAGACCAGUUCCAGGCCAUGCAGGAGUGCAUGGAGAAAUACCCAGACAUCUACCCCUGGGGAGAGAAGAAUGAGAACAAGGGCGAGCACAAGGGUGACCCCUACGACUUCUACGAGGAGAGUGAGGAGGACAAAGAGGUCGAUGAGGAGGAGGAGGACCGUGACGACUACUACGUGGAUGAUGAGGAGGACGACUAUGACGACUACUACGUGGGAGGUGAGGAGGAGGACUACUCCGAAGGGAAUGAAGAGGAGGAGGAUGAGUACUACGACGAAGACUACUACUACGACGAGGGCGACUACUAUCAAGAGGGUGACGACUACUGCUACGAGGAAGAAGAAGCCAAGGACUUCUACCACAGAGUUCACAACUAUAAGCGGGACAGAGAAGAAGAGGAAGAGCGUGCUUACUUCGAGGUUGACUACAAUGAGGAGGAGGAGGAAGAGGAGCCAGAAAAAGCGGUGAAGGAAGCCGUUGCCACUAAGGCCUCUGCUGCAGAAAAGCAGGAGUCUAGUGACUGAAGGCCCCGGAUCACAGCUGCCACGCAUUUGCUUAGCCACAGGACUUUCUGCUCAAUGAACGCCUUUCAAUAGCCCUCCAUGAAAGCUUCUUUCCCUCUGGUGUUCUAUACACUGUAAUAGAGAAAAUAACUUUUGAUUAUCAGGGGUCUUGGCGGCUUGCCAUACACCCUGAAGAAAAGAGGUGUGUACGCGUGCGCCUGCACCCUGCUUAAACCUCCCGCCAGCACUAGGCCACUGCUGAACUGUCUUAUCUGACUGCCCUGGAUUCUGCUACCUUGAAAUAACGUGAACUUUCUCAACAGUCAAAGCCGUUACUCAACAUAGUCUCUUGUCCUUGGAGUACAGCACCAUCAGAGAAACUACAAAAGGAAAUGGCUGGAAUAUGGCAUCUUGUCUUCAGGCUUGGGGAAGAAGAUUUAAUGACUUGAUUUCCUGUUCACUUGGUGUUUUCCCAGGGGUACCAUUUUACCAUAGACUGUGGGUCUGGCCAGCUGACUCAUUUUGUCCCAGCAUCCCACAUUCCACAUGGCACAUGGUCUUUUCCUGGGUAGUGGUUUUUCCUCCAUUUAAUGAGAAACUACCGAGGAAAAACCAACUCAGGCCAUGAGCUCAACUUUUAAUCCUCUGUGGAAAGCUUCAAAGCAGGAAAUGUGUGCCUCUGAUGAAGAAAGGGGUGAACAUGUUUUGUAAAAGUGAUUUCCUUUGGGUCCAUCUUCCUUUUCUGGGACAAAAAAUAACUAAAGUGAUUUAUGGAGCAGCCAAAUAUCUUCUUUCACCUUUGAGUUCUUAGAGAAAUGUAUUUUUCUCAUGAGACAAGAAAAUUUCAUUUUCUUAUACAUGUUCUGUUUUAUGACCUAAUAUUUCCCAUAAAAAGGAUCUUAGAGAAAAUCAGGGGACCAAAACUAAAUAAUGCUAUUAGUGGUGAAUGGGAGCUCCAUGCCUUAGGGCUACAACCCCGGGCAAAAUCAAUUCUCAGCCAGUAUGGUCAUCUGUAAAUGAUGUGAAUUUGCUUAUUUUUGCAGAGUGUUCUUUUUGCUUAAAGUUGUAGAAAGAAAAUAAUGUUGAAAUUAGAUGAUUUACCAUCAGUCCCCUGUAAGAAUUAAAAUUCUAUUUGACUAAUUUGGUUACCUCCAUAACUGGAAGGGUACUUUUAAAUGAACAAAUUGAUUAUUGUUUAAUGUUUAGAAUACCUACCAUUCGGAGGGUUUGACAAAAUGAACAGGGAAAAGCAAGCCUUCACUGACAAAAGGCUGUUACCCCCAAUAUACAACCAGAUAUUAAAAACCAACAAUAAGAAAAUGAACAAUCAGACUUAAAAUUAACAAAACUCACGAACAGACACUACUAAAUAAGAUCCCCGACUCCUAGCUUUUGGCCAGAGAAACUAGCAUGAUGGAAUUGCCAUUUCCUGAGAUUGGAAUACUCCCUGGGCAAUUGUAUACUAUGUCACCUUCCCCAGGACCAUUUCCUUACUUCCUUUCCUCUAGAUCGGCCCACUGAUGUAUGGACUGAUAACCUCAGAGCAUGCUACAGUUCUAAGUUAGGGCUGGUCAAAAUAAACACUGAUGAGAUCUGGAAAGCAGAACUGGAGCAUCAGCCAUUAUACCUUAAAGGUUUGUGCCAGGUACCACUGCAGCUCACACACAUUGUUGCUGAGCUGGUACCUCACCCUGUUAACAGUGUCCAGUGAUGAUAUGGAGCAGGGGUGAGCAAUAACUGGAACCUCAGCUCCCACUGGAUCUCUUCCCUUGACUUUUCUGAAUCUAGGGCCAGGUUUCUGUACAGCUCAGUGAAAAGGGAGCUAGCUCCUUCUAUAGAUUACCUCUAUCACCAAGGUUCAAGGCAGUGUGUGACCAGACAUACUUAUCCUCCCUGGUCCCAAUUAAACAUUGUACAUUCCUGGUGACCCCUGGAUUUCUUUUGCUUCAUACCCCGCUUUUCUUUCACAUUGCUUGCACUGCUAAGCUGCUAUAGAAUCAGGUUCACUCUCUGAGAAAGAAGCAAUAGCCCUCCAUAGAUUCCAGGGGCUUAAUGAUCCCUGGUGGAUAACAACUUUGUUCUUAUCCUCCAAAUGUUUUCUCCCACACCUUACUUCCCUAGCUUCUCCGUGAUCAUAUGGAGCCUGAUUCCUAUAAAUAAAUAUGUUAUUCCAUAGCA